AAAUGGAAAUUUAAUAAGGAUCUCCCAAAAACUUAGUCAAUUAAGGUUAGUCUAGUUAUGUAUCUAAUUCUAAUAAUGGAUAGAACUUAUAACAAGGAAUAACCUAACUAGUUGGUUAAGUUACUACUGGAGGAAAUAUAAUAUAAUCUUAAAACAUGGCUUAUGAACAUAGAAAUAGUUUAAUUGGAUAAGGAUAAGCUUAAUCUAGAGUUGUUUACAGAUCUGAAUCUCCUGUGAGAUAUGUAACUGAAAACGAUAAUGCAAGAAUUAUUGGAAAAUAAUCUAAUUUGGUCACUUCUUAUGUCCCUGUUUAAAACUAUUAAACUGUUUAAACAGUCUAAACUGUACCUAUAUAAUAAGUAUAAACUGUUUAAACUGUACCUAUGUAAUAACUGCAAACUGUUUUUGCUUAAGUAUAACCUGUUGUUUAAUAUUAAUAAGUGCCUAUUUAAUAUGUAGAAUAGUCUAAAUAAUAGCAAAUUUAAAUUUAAGAAAGGAUAGUAGAAAAACCAGUUUACAUUCAGAGUGAUAACAGCGAAUAAAUUUUAGCUUUGAAUGAAAGGAUUAGAAUAUUAGAAUAAAAAAACUCUGAAUAUCUUUUAGAAAUUUAAACAAUAAGAAAUAGGCCUAUUGAAAUAAGAGAAAAAAUAAUUUACAAAGAAAACACUGAAAAAAUAAGCUAAUUAGAAUUAUAAAUUUAAUAAUUAAUUGCUUAAUAAGAAUAAAAUCAUGAAGUUGUUAAAAGAAAUAAAAAAAAUAAUGAAGGAUAAAUCUUAGCAAUAACAUAAGAAAGAGAUAAAUUAUUAGUAGAAUUGAAUAAAUACUAAUCUUAAUGUUCUUAAUUAACUACCUAAAUCGAAAAACUUAACUAAAUUGUUAUUCAAAAAGAAUCUGAAUUAAAAUAAUUACAAAAUAAUAUUUAAUCAUUGAACUAACAACUUAUUGACAAAUCCAAUAUUAAUAUAAGAAAUUAAGAAUAUGAGCAAAAAAUAGUACUACUAACUUAAUAAAUCGAAAAACUAUCUUAAUAAAUUAAAAUUAAUCGUGAAUAAUAUGAUGGAGAAAUAAAUAAAUUGAAAGAAACAAUAGUUAUACGUUAGAGAGAAAAUGAUGAAUUAAGAGUUAAAAUCUAAUAAUAUAGUUCUUAUGAAAUAAGAAUUAAUGAAUAUUAAUCUAAAUUUAAUUUACUUUAAUAAGAAAUCGAAAAGCUAAAUGUUCUCUUAGCAAUUAAAGACAAUGAGCUCAAAUCGGUAAGGACUGAAAUAUCUAAUUAUUAAGUUUAAAUUAAUUCUUUUGGAGCAAGCAAAUAAGAAAUUACAAGAUUAACUGAAAUAAUCUCAAUGAGAGAAAAAGAAGUAAAUGAAUUAAGAACUAGAGUUGUCUAACUAGAAUAAUCGAAUUCAUAAAUAAACGUCUAUUAAGCUAAAUUAUAAGAAUGUGAACUUAACAAUUAAUAAUUAAGAAAAAGAAUUGAAGAAUUAAUGAUCUAAGUCAAUGAACAUAGUAAUGAAUUAGUAAAGAGAUCUAAGAGAGAAGGUGAUAUCUAAAAUUAUAUUACAAACAUUUAAAUAUAAGAAGAAAAAAUAGUAAAAAUGAGUUAAUAAUUAGAAUUAUCUUAAAAAAGAAUUUCUUAACUUGAAUAGGAAAUUAACUCUUAUAGAAUUAAAAUAAGUGAGUAUGAAAGCAGCAAGGCUAAUAUUCCUGUUUAUGAAAGUAGAAUUAAUUAACUUACCUAGUAAAUUGAAAGCUUAAAUAGCUUAGUUGUUAAUAAAGAAAAUGAAUUAAGAACCGUUAGAUCUGAAAUUUCAUAAUAUUAAAUCUAAAUUAAUUAAGUUGGCGUUUCUAAAUAAGAGAUUACUAGACUUACUGAAAUAAUAUCUGUUAGAGAAAGAGAGAAUAAUGAUUUAAGAGGCCGAGUAGCUUAAUUGGAAAAUAGUUCAAGAUAGAUUUAAUUAUAUGAAAGUAAAAUUUAAUAAUUAGCUCAAUAAAUUGAAAGCUUGAAUGCACUGAUUAUUAAUAAAGACAAUGAGCUCAAAUCGGUAAGGACUGAAAUAUCUAAUUAUUAAGUUUAAAUUAAUUCUUUUGGAGCAAGCAAAUAAGAAAUUACAAGAUUAACUGAAAUAAUCUCAAUGAGAGAAAAAGAAGUAAAUGAAUUAAGAACUAGAGUUGUCUAACUAGAAUAAUCGAAUUCAUAAAUAAACGUCUAUUAAGCUAAACUAUAAGAAUGUGAACUUAACAAUUAAUAAUUAAGAAAAAGAAUUGAAGAAUUAAUGAUCUAAGUCAAUGAACAUAGUAAUGAAUUAGUAAAGAGAUCUAAGAGAGAAGGUGAUAUCUAAAAUUAUAUUACAAACAUUUAAAUAUAAGAAGAAAAAAUAGUAAAAAUGAGUUAAUAAUUAGAAUUAUCUUAAAAAAGAAUUUCUUAACUUGAAUAGGAAAUUAACUCUUAUAGAAUUAAAAUAAGUGAGUAUGAAAGCAGCAAGGCUAAUAUUCCUGUUUAUGAAAGUAGAAUUAAUUAACUUACCUAGUAAAUUGAAAGCUUAAAUAGCUUAGUUGUUAAUAAAGAAAAUGAAUUAAGAACCGUUAGAUCUGAAAUUUCAUAAUAUUAAAUCUAAAUUAAUUAAGUUGGCGUUUCUAAAUAAGAGAUUACUAGACUUACUGAAAUAAUAUCUGUUAGAGAAAGAGAGAAUAAUGAUUUAAGAGGCCGAGUAGCUUAAUUGGAAAAUAGUUCAAGAUAGAUUUAAUUAUAUGAAAGUAAAAUUUAAUAAUUAGCUCAAUAAAUUGAAAGCUUGAAUGCACUGAUUAUUAAUAAAGAUAAUGAAAUUAGAUCUGUAAGGACUGAAAUAUCUAAUUAUUAAGUUUAAAUUAAUUCUUUUGGAGCAAGCAAA